AUGCCGGUGAAGGAUGAAGCCGACCCAGACUAUCGGCAAAGGGAAGAAAAGGACGGAAUGACUGCCGAAGAAAGAAAAUCCGUUAAUGAUUUUCUUAAAAAACAUGAAAUUCAAGAAUUAAUACAACAAAUCCAAACCGGGUAUCAGGAAGGAAUUGAUUAUGAAUUCGUUACUGAAAAAAAAAGCGGAAAGGGGAGAGGAAGUUUUAAUGAUUAUUUGGAUUAUCAAAAAGAUGGCAAAGAGGGGUGGUUCACUUACCGAACGAACAAGGAUACUACCAAAUAUGAUGAUUAUGACAGUAUACUUGUUUCGGAAGCAAAAGGGGGAAAUGCUGGCAGGAAAACAAAAGUGAAAAAUUUUAACGACGAACCAAAUCCUAACAUUAUUGCUUAUUUUCACCCCGAAUGUGCCAAAAAAUAUUUUGCGGGCAAAGAGCAACCACAGGAAAAUAAUAAUUCCCGCAUAAAAGAAAAAUUAUUGCGAAAUUUGGAUAAAAUAUGUUUGGACCCAGAUGGCUAUUUGGCGAAUAAUGAAUAUUUGAAAACAGACGAAGCCGAGGAAGAAUACCAAAAAGCGUUUAACUCGCCACAUCAGAAGGAAUGA